UUGACAUUACAUAUUUAUUUUUAUUGUUUUACCUUAAAUGCAUAUUUAAGGUAAAACAAUACAUACUCUAAAAGUCGCUUAAAUGUUAAGGUUUCUUUGAAAACAGUAAAUACAUCUUACAAAAUAAAUCAUGUGUGCUUUAUAAAUAUUUAAAGCACAAGCAAAGCAAACAUUAUCAAAAUCUUAAAUACGGCACAAUAAACAAAUUGGAUAAACAAAACGAUUUAGAUAUAUCAUUUUAAGAAACCUUUUUUAGAAGACAUUUUAGAAACUUCAAAACUUAUUAAUCGCAUAUGAAAAUGUGACGUAAGAAUAUGACAGAAGCUCUUAAAAAACACGGAUUAAAUUAUUGAUCAAGGCCUACGCAGUAAUUAAAAAAAAUACGAUAUUGAUUUUCCCAGAUAUAAUGGAACGACUGAACACACAAUGGCGUACAGAAAGAAUACCGCCUCAAUUUCAUCGGACUGUGAACACUUUGAUAGAAACGUUAAUCAAACCAGAUCGUUUGCAAAGAGAUCUGUUCUUUGCCCUAUUGCUUAUUUUAAUGAAGGAAAGCGAUUUCGUUCUCCAAAAAGGGAAUAAAGAUGAUACAGACAUACUCGAUCACAUAGUGCAUUUAAGAAAUAGAGAAAAUGGAAGCCACGAAGCUGAUUUCGUAUUACGAAAAUUUACAUCAACGCCUAUUAAAUUCAUCGCUACAACUGUAUCGGAUUUGAUACUUGUUAAUGCAAUGGUACCAGAAAUAAAUUGCUUUACGCAGUCACUUUGUUUAUUAAAAGAUAAAUAUAUACCACUUACGAUAUUUGGCUUGCCAGAAAAAUUUUCAUAUAUGGAUGAACUGUGUACCUUGUUUAAAGACUAUAUUGUAACACCAGUGAAAAGUACAAUACUCUCCUAUUAUAAUUACUCAAGUGCCAGCCUAAGUGGGCUCCCAUCAAAAUUGGUUUAUGAUAUUUUAAUAGAAUUGUCUAUACGUGAUAUAGUAAAAAUAUCAGAAACGUGUAAAAAAAUUUACAAUAUUGUAAACAGCGACGUUUUCUGGUAUCAUUUAAUGAAAAGGGAUUUUUAUUUACCCCAGAACUUUGAUGGUAGUUGGCAAGUGCUAUAUAUUAAAACAUAUAUAUCGGAAAAAAAUAAGGUUCUAUCUACAGUUACAAAAAAUUUGAAUUCACUGCCGACUAUCGAAGUGCGUGAUUACGAACCUAGAUUUCAAGUUAUUUUAUAAAUCAUGUUCAAAUUUUAUAUAAAAAAAAACCUAUAUAUAUAAAUAAUAAAGGAUAAUAUCCUUUUUGUCUUGUAUAAAGAUCAUAAGAACCAAAAUAAAAAUAAGAAAGAAUAUUGUGAGAAAAGUUAAAAAACCGAGAUGAAUAAAAAUUCCGAGUUGACGGAUUAAAUUAAAGUUAAAACUUAAAACUGGGAUGAUUUAGAACUGAGAGCUUCAAGAAGUUUUUGGCAACACAUACGAAAACUAAACCAAAGUCCAGACUAAUUUUACCAUAGAAAUUUGUAAAAUCUUUAAAAUAAAUUUUCAACAUUAUUUUUAUAAUUCUGACUAACAUUUAUCACAUAUUUAAGGUAAUUGCAUUUUGAUUUUAUCAAUAAGCACUUAUACGAUUGCUAAAAAUAAUGUAAAUUAAUAUAAAACCAAAUGAUCAUUUAUAUUCUAAUGAAUCCGCAGCAGUGCACACUUCCGAUAGUCAAAUUUACAGAGCAUAGAACUAAUUGAAUUGCUCUUAUUAAGUUUUAAUAAAUCUAGUUCAUUUAUUUCAUUUUAGAUAUGACUCACGGAAACCCAUUAAUCUUGUACAAACACCAAUUUAUUAAAUGAAUGUAAAAUAGUCGUACGAAUUCAUCAGUAUUUUGAUACGAUUCAAUUGUCUAUUUCCUACAUAGGAUUGAUAAACUUAAUUGUUAGUAUUGCUAAGCGUUCAUGUAAUUGUAACAUUGUUUAUCUUAUAUUACGGGCAAUUCUAAAAGUUAUUAAAAUAAAAUAAUGGAUACGAAUGAGAAGCAAUAUAAAAUCCCAGAGCAUAUUUGUGCAGACGAGGUCCGGGUUCAGACCAGACAUAUUAUAUAUUCGCGAAUUUUAAAGCGCCUUGUUGUUAUAAAGCUUAUGGUCCCUUGGGACAACGACAUGCCCAAAGAAAAUACCAUCAAGAUCAAGAAGUAUCACGAGCUCACUAACGA